GUCUGAGAAAAGUUUAGCGGUUCAGUCAGACGUCCGGCCUGCGGUACCACGUCUACAGGUCUCUACCCUCCCCACAGCACACACACCGAGCCCGGGGGCCGCAGCGCGGAGCAGUCGGGCAGAGGAGGCGCGAUACCGAGCUUAAUCAGAGUCCCGGGAGAAGAUGAUCCAGCGGGCCGCUCUGAAGAUGAUCUUCCUGGCUUUUAUGGUGGGUUUGGUCGCCUGUAACGCCCCUCCGGUGCCGUUAGAUGACAUCGUGGUGGAAAAAACCUUCACGCCUGAGCGCUGCGAGCGGGCCGUGCAAACCGGCGACUUCGUCCGGUAUCACUACAACGGCAUGUUCCCGGACGGCAAGAAGUUUGACUCCAGUUAUGACCGUGGCACAACUUACAACGUGUUUGUUGGCCGGGGACAGCUGAUUGCUGGCAUGGACAAAGCACUGCUGGGCAUGUGUGUGAAUCAGAGAAGCCUGGUGAAAAUCCCACCACAGCUCGCCUACGGAAAGAACGGUUAUGGUGACAUCAUCCCUCCUGAUUCCAUCCUGCACUUUGACGUGCUGCUGCUGGACAUCUGGAACUCUGAUGACAAAGUGCAGAUUCAGACGUAUCACAAGCCAGAGACAUGUGGCCGCACCGUGCAGGUUUCAGACUACGUACGCUACCACUACAACGGCACUCUGCUCGAUGGCACACUGUUUGACUCCAGCCAUACUCGCAUGAGGACCUAUGACACAUACGUGGGGAUUGGCUGGCUGAUUGCUGGGAUGGACCAGGGGCUUCUGGGAAUGUGUGUUGGAGAAAAACGUAUCAUUACCAUGCCUCCCUCACUUGGCUAUGGAGAGCAUGGAGAUGGCAGUGAUAUCCCUGCUCAGGCUUCUCUGGUGUUUGAUGUGGUUCUGUUGGAUCUUCAUAACCCUAAAGAUGAAAUUGCAGUGGAGGUCCAGUUUCUCCCAGAAUCCUGCUCUCGCAAGAGCAAAGAAGGAGACUUCAUGCGCUACCACUACAACGGGACACUGCUGGAUGGAACCUUCUUUGACUCCAGUUACUCGAGGAAUCGCACAUAUGACACAUACAUUGGGAAAGGCUAUGUGAUUGCUGGGAUGGACCAGGGUCUCCUGGGUGUGUGUGUUGGAGAGCGAAGAAAGAUCACUAUCCCACCUCACCUCGCGUAUGGAGAGGAGGGCACAGGUACAAAGAUCCCUGGCUCUGCUGUUCUGGUGUUUGAUGUUCACAUCAUUGACUUCCACAACCCAUCUGACACUGUGCAGAUAACCAGCGAGAAACCAGAGCACUGCAACUACACCACCAAACGUGGUGACUUCAUCAAAUACCACUACAACGCCUCACUUUUGGACGGCACUUACAUCGACUCCUCGCACAAAUAUGGGAAGACCUAUGACGUGGUUCUGGGAGCUGGGCAGGUGAUUCCAGGCAUGGAAGAGGGUCUGCUGGAAAUGUGUGUGGGGGAGAAACGUGUACUGGUCGUGCCCCCUCACCUGGGUUAUGGAGAAAGAGGAGUGGAUGGGGAGGUUCCUGGCAGUGCAGUGCUGGUGUUCAACAUUGAGUUAUUCAGUGUUGAGGAGGGUCUUCCUGAGGGCUACAUGUUUGUAUGGAAUGAUGAUGUGUCCCCAGACCUCUUCAAAGAAAUGGACAGAAACAAGGACUCACAGGUGGACGCCACUGAGUUUUCAGAUUACAUCCUGUACCAGGUGAGUGAGGGCAAGGGUCGUCUGGCCCCUGGCUUUGAUCCUCACCGAAUCAUCGAGAAUAUGUAUAAUAACCAGGACCGAAACAAGGACGGGAAAAUCACUGAAGACGAGUUCAAACUGAAGGCAGAUGAAGCAGCAGCUGCUCAUGAUGAGUUAUGAGGACCAGCUCAGGGAAUAUAGCAAUAAGAUUGGAUGUGUGUCUGUGUAACAGAAUGAGUGGGAGGGAUAAUAAGGGUGGUAUAUUUGGCAGUGUGUGUUUGCAGUUUGUGUGUGUGUGAAGUUGUGUGUGUGUGUGUGUGUGUGUGUGAAAUAGGUGUGUGUUAGAAUGGGUUUGAAUGUGUCUGUGUGUGAUUACAUGUAAGAUCUUUUGAGUGUGUGAGAGUACCACGAAUGUGUAUGUGACUUUUUACAAAAAAAAGACCCUUUUUAAUAAACACAUUCCAAACCCCA